AAAGAGAAAACUUGAAUAAAUAGACAACUAAAAGAUGAAUAGCCCAAUACCCUUCAGCAUUUAAAGUGCAUGCCCCACUCAACUCGAGUGUUUGGGUUUCAAUGAGGUUUCCAGUCCUUUAUAAAAGGUCUCCUAUUGUAUUACCAAAUUGAGUUUAAUCAACCCUCCCGUGCAUUUGUUCAAAUAAGAGUGGAAACAAAAGGCUGGAAUAUUUUCUUUUCUAAUUUAAUUCUCUUCAUUGUGUUUUCAUGAAAUUGUUCCUGCUCACCGAGCUUCUUCCCGCGCCUGGUGUCGUGAGUGUAACUCGUUUGGGGGCUGCUAACAGGCGGGAGCGCGCAGCGUGGUCGCGUUGCGCUCAUUGAAGCAGCACAGGCGCGUCCGUGUUGCACCACAAGCGAGAUUCUUCCACUCCCUCUUGUUUGAAGUUCUUUUUGACCAGUACCCGGCAAGAAAAGCUCCUGAAAUACUUUAUAAAACGCCACUUUAGUCACACGUCUAGUGCGGUUCAUCUCUGAAGCCCCCGGCGUCAACCAGAGCGUCUUUUCUGCGCUCGUCUGGACCUGGCUGUUCCGGGGGUCUGACGGCUGGCAAGUUGGGAGGCACGCAGGAGUUUUGCCAGUGUGACCAAACACUUCAGAACCAAGGACAGAUCCAAACAACAGCCUGGCAAACAGGUUCCAAAGAGGACAAAUUCUCCACGCUGUGCGUUCUCGCGGUGCGUUCACAGUCAACAAGGACAGCUGCAAACCAACAACAUUUUAGAUAGUGUCCAACAUGCUGUGUCCAGUGUCAAAAGACUGCCACUUUCUGUGAACUACUGCCUUCAUUCCCGUUGCUACACUUUACUCAACAACCUGGUCUCGCCAUGCUGAGUGUCACACUCCGCCUCAGAUCGUCGGCUAUUCCAGCACCUUCCUAUUGGCCUCUCCACAUCUUGUUGCUGGAGUUACUGGUACCGGGGAGCUUGCCCAGCAUGUCCAGACACCCUCCAGCCGCCAAGCGCGAGAUCCUCAUAGAUGGCGACUUGGUGAUCGGGGGCCUAUUCCCGGUGCACCACAAAGGCGAAGGGACAGAGGACUGUGGUAAAAUUAACGCAGAGAGAGGUAUCCAAAGACUGGAGGCCAUGCUCCUAGCGCUCGACGAGAUUAACUCUAGUGAUCGCAUCCUUCCUGGACUUCAGCUGGGGGCGCACAUCCUUGACACCUGCUCAAAGGACACCUAUGCCCUGGAGCAGUCGCUGGAUUUCGUCAGGGCAUCCCUCACCAAGGUGCACGACCCAGGCUUCAUCUGCCCGGAUGGCUCUCGACCCAUCCAGAACGAGGUCCCACUGGCUAUUUCGGGAGUCAUCGGAGGAUCCUACAGUGACGUUUCCAUCCAGGUGGCCAACCUCCUGCGACUUUUCCAGAUCCCUCAGAUUAGCUACGCCUCCACCAGUGCCAAGUUAAGUGAUAAAUCUCGAUAUGACUACUUCGCUCGCACAGUGCCUGCAGACUUCUACCAGGCCAAAGCCAUGGCAGAGAUCCUGCGUUAUUUCAACUGGACCUACGUGUCAACUGUAGCAUCGGAGGGCGACUACGGCGAGACCGGCAUCGACGCCUUCCAGCAGGAAGCCCGUUCUCAUCAAAUCUGCAUCGCCACCUCAGCCAAGGUGAGCCGCUCCAUGAACCGCCAGGGCUUUGAGAAUGUCAUCCGCUCCCUGCAGCAAAAGUCCAACGCCAAAGUGGUCAUCAUGUUCACCCGCAGUGAAGAUGCCCGGGAGUUACUGGUGGCUGCCGCUCGCAUGAAAGUUACCUUCAUUUGGGUGGCCAGUGAUGGCUGGGGGGCACAGGAGAGUGUGGUGAGGGGCAGCGAGAUGGCAGCAGAUGGUGCUUUCACCAUUGAGCUGGCCUCCUACCCAAUCAGGGAAUUUGAAGAUUACUUUACCAAACUGAAUCCAUACACCAACAACAGGAACCCGUGGUUCAGAGAGUUCUGGGAGCACCGCUUUGGUUGCAGCCUCCAGGAACACGGAUGCAGCGACCAUAGCCUGAGAGACGGAACGUUUGAGCAGGAAUCCAAGAUCAUGUUUGUCGUCAACGCAGUCUAUGCCAUGGCUUACGCCCUACACAACAUGCGGCAGGCGGUGUGCUCCAACACAUCUAAAGUCUGUGAAGCAAUGAAACCAGGCAAUGGUAAAAGAUUCUACAAGGAGUUCAUCUUAAAGACCAAGUUUGAAGCUCCAUUUCGACCUGUUGACACGGAGAACAUGGUGCGUUUCGACUCGGUCGGCGACAGCAUCAGCCGCUACAACAUCUUCCACUACCAUAAAGAUGAUGGAAAGUUUGUCUACAAGAAGGUCGGCUACUGGGACCAAAAUCUGACCCUGAACACUACUCUGGUAAGCUGGCGCGGCAUCUCACCGCCUACCUCCCAGUGUAGCGACCCCUGUAAAAAAAAUGAGGUGAAGAGCAUGCAGCCCGGAGAUGUGUGCUGCUGGAUCUGCAUUCCGUGCCAACCCUAUCAGUACCUACAAGAUGAGUUCACCUGUGCCGAUUGCGGCUUUGGUCAGUGGCCUCUCGGCAAUCUCACAGGUUGCUACGAUUUGCCCGAAGAGUACAUCCGUUGGGAGGACGCGUGGGCCAUCGGGCCUGUUACCAUCUCCUGCUUGGGAAUAAUGUGCACCCUGUCAGUUGUGGGUCUUUUCUUCAAACACAACGAGACACCCGUGGUGAAGGCGAGCGGGCGGGAGCUUUCCUACAUCCUCCUCCUAGGAGUCCUAAUGUGCUACAGCAUGACGUUCAUAUACAUCGCCAAACCUUCCACCGCUGUUUGUACCUUGCGCCGACUGGGCUUGGGCGCAUCAUUCGCAGUGUGCUACUCGGCCCUCCUCACCAAGACCAACCGGAUUGCUCGCAUUUUCAGCGGCGUGAAGGAUGGCGCCCAGCGGCCGCGCUUCAUCAGCCCGGCCUCCCAAGUGGCGAUAUGCGGAGCCCUUAUCUCUUGUCAGCUGCUGGUGGCCGUCAUCUGGCUGCUGGUGGAGGUGCCUGGCGUGAGGAAGGAGGUGAGCCCAGAUCGACGAGAUGUGGUCACCCUCAAGUGCAAUAGCAGGGACUCCAGCAUGCUCAUGUCGCUUACCUACAACUGCGUCCUCAUCGUCCUCUGCACCGUCUACGCCUUCAAGACGCGGAAGUGCCCCGAAAACUUCAACGAGGCCAAGUUCAUCGGCUUUACCAUGUACACCACUUGCAUCAUCUGGCUCGCCUUCCAGCCCAUCUUCUACGUCACAGCCAGUGACUACAGGGUCCAGACCACCACCAUGUGCAUCUCUGUCAGUCUGAGUGGCUCCGUGGUCCUGGGCUGCCUAUUUGCUCCCAAGAUCCACAUCAUCCUGUUCCAGCCUCAGAAGAACGUGACCUCGCUGAGGGUCACCGCCAAUCGCUUCAGUGCCACCGUAUCGGCCUCUGCAUCUGUUCCCAGUUCCAGUUACUCCAAAGGAUCAGCUUCCAACUAUGUGCCAGCAGUGUGUAAUGGCCGAGAAGUGGUGGACUCGACGACUUCUUCUUUGUGAGAGCAUCCCAAUGAAGGAAGCCAGGUCGCCGUGGCAUCCAGAAUGGCUGCAGAGACACUGCUGGGAGCGGAACCCAUGCUCACGAGUCCUACUUUGUACAGAUUUAAUAUGCUCUAUGUUGACUUCUUCGGUUUACACUUAGAUGACGUGGACAGUGGUUUGUGAAAAUUUAGUUAGAAAAUCAUACAAAACAUUAGGAGCUAUGCUGCUGGAAUCAUUGGUCCAAGGGUUAACUGUCACCAUUGUGGAACUUUUAUCAACUUUACAAGCAGUGUUGUAACAGUUUUAACAGUCAUAGUGUAAAAUAGAAGUUCACAGUUUAGAUAUAUUCUAGCAUUUUCAUGCUUAGGUUGUUCAUAUACUUUCAAAAUGAAAUGCCAUUUGAAUUGAAUUUUAAAAAUUUAAACAAAGCAUCAUGAAUGAACCAAUUUAAAAAAUUGCAAUUUUCUACCUGUUAGAAUGAAUGCAUUUUUUGUGUACAAAAUCCUAUUUAAUUCAUGUAAGAAAUGGCUCGUGAAACCUUGCGCCGUGCCUUGUCCUAAUUUGUCAUGUUGUGUGCAGCGAUACUGUAUUACAGCUGUUCCUAUAUCUUAUUGUACUUCCAGUAAUGUGAAUAUAUCAAAAGUUUGAAGUUAAAAAUGUUAAUUUUAACUUAGUCUUUAAAAAUGUGAGCAUCUUUAGAGAGUAUAUAAUGAAAACUACUGAGGAGAAUGUGCAGAGAAAAGUGUGUGCUUUCAUGUAACUAAUGUAAAUAAAAACAUUUUUUUGUAAUAUGAAAAUACAUACCAGAGUUGUAUUUUAACAUUUUUAAAGCAAGUGACAUGAGACGUCAUUGAAAAAUUAAGUAUCAAUUAGACUUACAGUAAGACCAGCUCAUUUCUCCAAGCAAAACUGAAUGUCUUGCUUCCAUUGAGAAGAUUAAGGGGCAUCCAGUGUAUUAUAUAUAUUACCGUAUUGGCCAGAAUAUAUGACGGCCCUGAUCAUAAGACGACGCCCUCUUUUUCAUAACUCGUUUGAAAAAAAGACUUUUUGAACACCAAAUUUUUAUACAGAACAUAAUUACAGUACAUCCGAAACAAAUGAUUAUAACAAUAUAUUUGCGAGAAAAAGCAUGUUAUUUUGCCUCAUUCAAAUCUUAAUAUCUGAACAUUUAAAUAUGUAAACUAAAAUGCAGUCACAUUCUUAAAUGAAUGGCUUGUGGUUUUUGAAAUGUAAAUAAACCAAUCUAUUGUGAUAAAUCAACAAAAUUGCAAUAACUGCAUUAACCAUCAAAGUGAAGUCUAACUGUAACUGUAGUCUUGAAACAAAUCUGAAUAAGGAAAAACAAUGCAAUAAAAUAAUGCAAACUGGUUAAGCUUGAGAGUAUCUCAGAUCUGUCAUGGCAGAACAUCGCUUCAAUGAUAUCUGGCACCAUCUAGCAUAGUGAAUGGGGAUAACGUCUAGACCUCGAAUAUAAGACGGCCCCUACUUUUUCAGUCU